AUGUUUAGGCUUUUUGCAGGCAGCAUAAAGGAAGUUGUCAAUGCAGUUUCGAAAACGCCGAGUCAACUUGCGUUUGAGGUGCCAUCGAGUUUCCAAACCUCUGCGGCCUGUGUGGCAGCGCUGUCGAGGCCGGCACGGGAGCUUCUUGACCUCCUGCAGCAGGCGGGUGCUGAACCCUUUUUUGUUUUCGAUGGGGCACCGCUCCCUGCCAAGAGUGCGACGGAGGUUGCACGCAGACAGGCGCGUGAGGAAGCAGCGCGCAUGGCGGCAGUGGCCGGUUCCACCGCCAGACGUCUGUGCGGCGCUGUGGACAUCACGCCGGAAAUGGCAGCUGCCUGCAUCGAGCAGUUCAGUCCGCUCGGGGUGAAGUGUAUCGUGGCUCCUUGCGAAGCCGAUGCACAAUUGGCCUUCCUUGCUCAUUCGGGACGUGUUGAUGCGGUUGUGAGUGAAGACGUGGACCUGCUAGCUUUCGGCUGCCCGCGAGUCCUGUUCGGUCUGGACGUUCGCAGAGGUUGCGGUCAAGAAGUUCGCUUGGCCGACAUAGGCAAAAGCCGAACUCUGACGCCCUACCGUCUGACACCGGAAACCCUUCCAGACCUUUGCGUGCUGAGCGGCUGUGACUACUUGCCCUCGCUGCCUCGCUUGGGCUUGCGCCGUGCCGCACAACUUCUUCACCGUGCUCGAGGCAGCGUGCCGCGCGCUCUGCAGCUGGCACACCGUGAUGGAAUUAGUGUGCCAGAGGCAUACUUGCGGGAGUUCAUUGAAGCCCGACUGGUCUACACCUGCCAGCUAGUUUUCGACGACGAUGCCCGGCGCCUGCGCAUGCUGUCACCACUCCCAGCAUUUGCCAGGAAUGUCAGGCAGCUCAAUGCUUGCUCUUUUUGUUUGCUGGGUCCGAUAUCCUCAACGCCAUCAUAA